CGGCGGCGGCGGCAUGGCCAAGCAGUACGACAUGGUGGAGUGCCCCUUCUGCGAUGAGGUGUCCAAGUACGAGAAGCUCGCCAAGAUCGGCCAGGGCACCUUCGGGGAGGUUUUCAAAGCCAAGCAUCGUCAGACGGGCAAGAAGGUAGCGCUGAAGAAAGUGUUGAUGGAAAACGAGAAGGAAGGGUUCCCCAUCACAGCCUUGCGAGAGAUUAAAAUCCUCCAGCUGCUCAAACAUGAGAACGUGGUGAACCUCAUCGAAAUCUGCAGGACCAAAGCUUCUCCCUACAACCGCUGCAAGGGCAGUAUCUACCUUGUGUUUGACUUCUGUGAGCACGACCUGGCUGGCCUCCUCAGCAAUGCCCACGUCAAGUUCACGCUCUCAGAGAUCAAGAAAGUGAUGCAGAUGCUAUUGAAUGGACUUUACUACAUCCACAGGAACAAGAUCUUGCACAGAGACAUGAAGGCUGCAAAUGUCCUGAUCACACGGGAUGGAGUCCUGAAGCUGGCAGACUUUGGGCUGGCUCGAGCCUUCAGCCUGGCCAAGAACAGCCAACCCAACCGCUACACCAACCGCGUGGUGACCCUGUGGUACCGGCCGCCAGAGCUGCUCCUAGGGGAGCGGGACUACGGCCCCCCCAUUGACCUGUGGGGUGGAGGCUGCAUCAUGGCCGAGAUGUGGACCCGCAGCCCCAUCAUGCAGGGGAACACGGAGCAGCACCAGCUCACCCUCAUCAGCCAGCUCUGCGGGUCCAUCACGCCGGAGGUUUGGCCUAACGUGGAUAAGUACGAGCUGUACGAGAAGCUGGAUCUCCCUAAGGGCCAGAAGCGGAAGGUGAAGGACCGCCUCAAAGCCUACGUGAAGGACCCCUAUGCACUUGACCUCAUCGACAAGCUGCUGGUGCUGGAUCCCGCGCAGCGGAUCGACAGCGACGACGCGCUCAACCACGACUUCUUCUGGUCAGACCCCAUGCCCUCGGACCUCAAAAACAUGCUGUCCACCCACAACCAGUCCAUGUUCGAGUACCUGGCCCCACCGCGCAGGAGAGGGGGGCACAUGCCCCAGCAGCCACCUAACCAAGGCAGGAACCCAGCUGCCACCAACCAGACUGAGUUUGACAGGGUAUUCUGAGCAGGGGCGGCCCCAAUGGGGUCCUGACUG